CCGGAGCACGUGGAGAUGUGGCCGCUGCUGAAUCCCGCCAAGCCUGGCAUCGAACAGGACCGGCUGGAGAUGUGGGUGGACAUGUUCCCCAUGGAUAUGCCGGCACCUGGCCCCGCCAUCGACAUCUCUCCCAGGAAGCUGAAGAGAUAUGAGCUUCGAGUGAUAAUGUGGAACACAGAUGAGGUAAUCCUGGAGGACGAUGAGUUCUUCACUGGGGAGAAAUCCAGUGACAUUUUUGUCAGGGGGUGGCUGAAGGGCCAGCAAGAGGACAAGCAGGACACGGACGUGCACUACCACUCGCUCACGGGCGAAGGCAACUUCAACUGGCGCUACGUCUUCCCCUUCGACUACCUGAUGGCGGAGGAGAAGAUCGUCAUCUCCAAGAAGGAGUCCAUGUUCUCCUGGGACGAGACCGAGUACAAGAUCCCGGCUCGCCUCACCCUGCAAGUCUGGGACGCCGACCACUUCUCUGCUGACGACUUCCUUGGGGCGAUCGAGCUGGACCUGAACCCGUGCGGCGCCAAGCCGGCAAAGCAGUGCAGCAUGGACAUGGUGACCAAUGAGGGCGACCUGCCCCUGGUCUCCAUCUUCAAGCAGAAGAGGGUGAAGGGCUGGUGGCCCUUCGUGGCCCGGAAUGAGAACGACGAGCCGGAGCUCACGGGCAAGGUGGAGGCCGAGCUGCACCUGCUGACAGCGGAGGAGGAGGAGAAAUGCCCCGCGGGGCUGGCCUGCAACGAGCCCGACCCGCUGGAGAAACCCAAUCGCCCCGACACCUCCUUCAUCUGGUUCCUCAACCCGCUCAAGUCCAUCAAGUACCUGAUCUGCACCCGCUACAAGUGGCUCAUCAUUAAGAUCGUGCUGGCGCUGCUGCUCCCCAUCAUGGUGGGACUUUUCCUCUACUCCAUGCCGGGCUACCUGGUCAAGAAGCUGCUGGGAGCGUGA